AUGUCACACAUGAGUGAACCCGAGGAUGCCUCUGGUACUACUAUCACUACGCUUAAAAUCCUAAUAAUUGGUGAAAGUGGUGUGGGGAAGUCAAGUCUGAUGCUGCGUUUCGUUGACGAUACAUUUGAUCCUGAAAUAGCUGCAACAAUAGGCGUGGACUUCAGAGUGACAUCAAUGAACGUCGAUGGAAAUCGCGUAAAGUUAGCCAUAUGGGAUACGGCUGGUCAGGAACGAUUCCGUACUCUGACGCCUAGCUACUACCGUGGAGCGCAGGGUGUAAUUUGCGUGUAUGACGUGACAAAUAGAAGUUCUUUUGAGAAUCUCGACCACUGGAUGACUGAAGUGGAAACAUAUAUAACUAAGGGAGAUGCUGUUAAGAUGAUUGUAGGCAACAAGAUCGAUAUGCCGAAUCGCGAAGUGUCUCGAGACGAUGGUCUUAAAUUUGCGAAGCGUCACCGUGCUUUAUUCAUAGAAGCCAGUGCAAAAACGAAGGAAGGGGUGCAAUGUGCUUUCGAGGAACUCAUUGAAAAGAUUAUUCAAACACCAGGAUUGUGGGAAAAAGAUCGUCCUGCGUUCCGUCUUGGGCAGAAUACGGCGAACGCAAAUGAUUCAUAUUGUGGAUGCUAA